CCGGUAGUGCGCUGCGAGGAAUUCCGAGAGGGUGUUGCUAAUGAGCACAGGUGGCGCUCGUUGAGGUGGCAGGGCAGAGCUUUCUCACGAUGACAACCAUUUUAUCCAAAUAUUCAAUGUUCCAAAGCUUAAUAGGGAAAGUUGACGAAGACAUUUUUGUAGGCUUGGGUACUUGCCGAAGUUGUUCACUGGAACAAUUCCUCGCACCCGAUGCUGAACACCAAACGCGAGUCUGUCACGUCAACUGCCGCUGAGGUCACAUUUCUCUGGCGGAAGGAAGCAAAUUGAAAGACUUCACAUUACCCAAAGAGAAAUUGCGCACUGAUAACGGGAAGACCGUGUACGUUACGACUGGAAACAGAGUUUGUGGGGUGACCGAAGGCGCAUACUGGACUAUGGAGAUGUAUACUUUGUGGAAAUUUGGCACCUUGCUGUCACUUGCAUUUCUCUUGUAUUUUCCAGGUGUGCUGGCCCAGAUCCAGAUGCCCCAGAGUAUCAUGAAGGUGAUCGAAGGUCAGAAGGUGGUGCUGCAGGCCUGGUACAGCACCAGCUACAGCAUCGGCAAGAACACCAUCCUCUGGAACUUUGUAGCCAAUAACUCUCAACUGAUAAUCUCCUACACCCUAGGCUCAAUUAGUUUAGGCAGCCCGCAGUUUGAGGAGCGAGUGGGCUUCACCGCCACCAUGCCCUCUGCCAACCUGUCUCUGUACAUCAACAACACGAAGGAGUCAGACUCGGGACGCUACUUCUGCCAGGUCAUCAUCCCCGGGGCCCAGGGCUUGACCGGGGAACUUAUCCUCAACGUCAUUGUCCCUCCUGCUGUACCAGAGUGCGCUCUGUCGGGGAAGCCAGUUCUGAAAGGCAACGUCACGCUGAGCUGCAAGUCCAAGUCAGGCAAGCCCAUCCCCAUAUACAAGUGGCAGAAGACCAGCCCCACAUCUGAAGUCUUCUUCUCUCCCAUGCUCCAUGAGAAGACAGGUACCCUGAAGCUGAGCAACCUGAGCAGCAACAUGUCGGGGAAGUACGUGUGUUUGGCCAGCAACACGGCCGGCACAAAGAGAUGCUACAUCAACCUGGAGGUCAUCACCUCGACCAACGCAGGGAUGAUUGCUGGGGCCACGGUGGGCUCGGUGCUGGGCUUAACCUUCAUCAUCCUCUUCCUCGUUGGUCUCCUGAGGAGAAGGAGAGACUCUGAGGAGGACCUGGCCAAUGACAUCAAGGAGGACGCUCAGGCUCCCAAGCGCGUCUCGUGGGUCAAGAGCGGCGGCUCUGGCUCGGAUGUGGUCUCCAAAAAUGGCACACUCUCCUCCAUCACUACCGCCAACAGGCCCCACCAGAGGGAGGCCUCUUCCCAGCUAUAUCCCCACCGCCCUCCCUCUGACACCACCUCCAUCAUCACUGCCACAGGCAGCGUCUCUGGCUACCGCCUCGGGCCGCGUGAUGGAGCCUCCACACCCACCCAUGGCCACGCCCUGCCGGGCUACAGCUACAACACUGAUACAACCCAGACCCGCGGACAACUGUCUAAUUCUGCAACACCCAGUGCCAACGUUAGUCCCAGAACUCAGCACCCACAGAGCUAUACCCAGCCCCAGACAGCACGUCCAGCCCCGCGCCCGCCACCUCUGCCCACUGUCGUGACCGCGUCCAACAUUUCCCGCAUGGGAGGGGUUCCCAUCAUGGUGCCGGCUCAGAACCAGGCCGGCUCGCUGGUGUAGUGCCAGUCUGUCAUGGUGCAGUGUCCCUUUACCCUUCAACUGUACUUACUCACGUACAUUUUCAAAAGGAAAAGAUUCAAAUGCCACAAAGAUAUAGCUAACUCGAGGAUUAAAGCUUGAAUUGGCCAUCGAAGAUGGAGCGUUUGACCUGCUCAAAAUGCAGUGAGAUCAUUGGUAAGACCUUAAGAGAUGGACUGUGUUGCUACACAGGGCUAAUUUUAUUUAAUGAAGUAUACAGAAGUACAUUUUAUUCAAAUGUUUUGUAUAUGUAUACAUAUGUAUAUGUAUACAAAAUAUGUACAGAUCUGGAUUUAAUACAUUUGGGAAGUAUUUCGUAUUUUUUCUAUUGCACAUUCAAUCAGUGUAUUUUUUUUACAAAGUUUUCCAAUGCAACUAUUUAAGUCAUCGGUCUUUCUCUGACAAGAUUGUAUUCACUCUAUCACGUCCUAUCAAGGCCAUUGUAUGAUGUCACUUUCAAAAUGGGGACUUGACAAGAUGUCAUGGCACACUGGUGCUAGAUCCCCUGAUUUGACUUCUUUGUGCAUUCCUGCAGAUGGAUAUGGCAAUUUAGAUUAUGAAGGACCAAAUUAGUUUGAAGAACAGCAUAUUAUUCAUUUUAUUCUAUCUACUUUAACUUCUCAAAUGAGUGUAAAAAAAAUAUGGUGGACUACUGCUGAAUACCUGUGUGGCAUCAUGCAGUUAAGAGAAGAAACUGACUGGGCAUACUAGAUUGAACAUUUGCUACUAGAUUUUCUAAAUGCAAAGUACACUUUUUGCCUUUUCAUGUUCCUUGUUUCAAACUUCACUACAAUUCUCUUUAGACACAGCUCUUAAAACAUAUGUCUUUUACCACAUAGGAAUAGCUUUUCAUAUUAUGUAAAAUACAAUUUGACACAUUUUGUCAAUUACAUGGAAUUUAGCGACUAAAGAUUAUGGUUACACCAUCGAGCUGUACUGAUUUUGGGUUGCUCUCUGCAAGGAAAUUGUAAAUAAGGUUUGCUUUCAAUUGUAUUUGAGGCUGUUCAUUAACACUUGUGACUGACUGGAUACAAAAGCAGAGUUUCUACUUGUCAACAUCCCAAGCCGACAAGUUAAUUGAUGGAUAUAGACCCAAAUGUCAUCAUAUCAAAUGAGUAAGAUGAGGCACUUGUUUGAAAUGGAGGAGGUGGUGUGGGGGUGCUUUGCUGGUGACACCGUCUGUGAUUUUAUUUAGAAUUCAAGGCACACUUAACCAGCAUGGCUACCAUAGCAUUCUGCAGCGGUACACCAUCCCAUCUGGUUUGUGCUUAGUCCCACUAUCAUUUGUUUUUCAACAGGACAAUGACCCAAAACACACCUCCAGGCGGUGUAAGGGCUAUUUGACAAAGGAGAGUGAUGGAGUGCUGCAUCAGAUGACCUGGCCUCCACAAUCAGCCGACCUCCACCUAAUUGAGAUGGUUUAGAUGAGUUAGACCACAGAGUGAAGGAAAUGCAGCCAACAAGUGCUCAGCAUAUGUGGGAACUCCUUCAAGACUGUUGGAAAAGCAUUCCUCAUGAAGCUGGUUGAGAAAAUGCCAUGAGCGUGCAAAGUGGUCAAGGCAAAGGGUGGCUACUUUGAAGAAUCGAAAAUACAAGAUGUUUAACACUUUUUUUUUUUGGUUAAAGGAUUCCAUAUGUUAUUUCAUAGUGUUGAUAUCUUCACUUAUUCUACAAUGUAGAAAAUAGUAAAAAUAAAGAAAAAUCCUUGAAUGAGUAGGUGUCCAAACUUUUGACUGAUACUGUAUAUUUCCGGAUGUUGUGUAUCCCUGGGGUAAGUUAAGCUGCGGGACAGGGUACAUUAAUCCGCAUACAAAGUUGUGUACUUAAUGAAAUAUUACCACAACCUUUUUAAAACCAUGUCUAUCUUUAUUACCCAAACUCAAUUCAACACAAUCACAAUAGCGUUGUUUUAUUUUAAUCUUUUAUCACUGACUUAACACCUAACAAACUUUGUACUGUCACCUCAUAUCCGCAGCGUAGCCUAGUGGUUAGAGCGUUGGACUAGUAACCGGAAGGUUGCGAGUUCAAACCCCCGAGCUGACAAGGUACAAAUCUGUCGUUCUGCCCCUGAACAGGCAGUUAACCCACUGUUCCCAGGCCGUCAUUGAAAAUAAGAAUAUGUUCUUAACUGACUUGCCUGGUUAAAUAAAGGUAAAAUUAAAAUAUCCCAGUGAUAAUGCCUUGCUUUGCGCCUCGGAAGGAGACACUUAAACUUUCCAUUGGAUCAACUUACCCCAAUGCAAACAUUUUGACUAAAUUAGCCCACACUGCUUCAAGGAUGCACUUUCAUGCUAAGUUUAGGAUCUCAUAUUGAAGAUUAUAGAGACUCCAGCUGAUUUAUAGAACAAUAUAAAAAUGACAUACUAUGGUUUCGAUACAAGAAUUAUGACCCCUCUAACACAAUAAAUUGGACCUAACUUAUCAUUUUUUCCAUGUGGUUUUUCAGACUCCAUGAAAUAAUGACCUCUUAAAUAUUUGGUCAAAUGGUAUAUGUUGUGUAUGAUCAACGUUGGAUCAACUUACCGUACCCCUUUUCCUGAACAUUCAACCCUCCCUUAUUGUUCAACGAUGAUUAGGUUCAGCUUUGUAGAUAUUGACUGCUACCAACCUGACCUUGCAAUUUGAUUUAAUAAAGGGAUUUGGCUAUGUCACUGAUCAAACUACCCUCGAGUCAAUCUGGUGUUAUUUGAUACCAUUUACUUUUGCAACACUCUACUGUCCAGUUUUUACUCUCUUGAUUGAUUUAUUCAGACAUGUUUAUGCGUAGCAAGGUAAUGUUGUUCCCCUAGGACCUAGGUUAUGAACAAGACUUGUUAGCGAUCCAAGAAACUAAAUAUUGCACUUAAGACUACCAUUUUAAAUAUGAAAAGUUGGAGGUUUGUGUCACUUUAAAUUGGUGGACUGGUUCAUGUUAAUGGCUGGAUUGAAAUGAAUGCAGUUUCAAUGAAGCAUGUCAUUUUUUCUUCUUACCCUCAACAUCAACCUCUGUCACUUGAUAGUAUACAUUGUCAGUAACCUGGAGCAGAGCGAGACACUGUCUUGUCUGUUUUUAUGAGCACAGAAGGUCAGGCUUGGGGAGAAAAAGACACAUGCAUAAAAGGAUUGAGUGUUUGUGUGUGUGCUGUAACUUUUUGAGUAUGGAGACUUGCUCAGACUCAAAAUAAGUGUAUUAAUUAUCAACGGCAAAUAAUUUUGUAUUAAAGGGAAAAUAUGAAUACUGGCCUUUUUUAUAUUGUAAUGUAUAUGCAUUGUAACACAGGAAUAGAAUUCAAAAAGAGAAAUGAAUUAUAUAAACGUUGAAUGUUACAGAAUAUUUUUUAAAUACUAGCUUUGUUUGAACUGAUAAUGGAACAGACACUGAUGGCCAAGAUGGUGCAUAUAUGCUCAACCAUAUACUACUAUGUGCAUGAGUUUCUUAUACUUAUGUAUAUGGACAAUAAUUGUAUCAAUAGAUUGUGUGUAAUAAAACAUUUGUAUAAUUGAUAUUUACCUCCUGGAGAAGCAUUACAAUUGUAUGAUCCAAUAAAAACAUCUCAAACAGGAAGAGUUAACAAUA